UAGUAAACUGGACCACUGGGUCAAACACAGAACUGAUGCAGUCUUUCAACAGCAAGGUGUUGAUUGGCGAGGUGAUUUUCAAUUACCAAGUUUGUACGUUUUAAAAAAAAAACUCGACACACACAACCUUUUUUAGACAAGAAUUGUGAUUUGCCGCUUUCCCCCUAAAGUUACCGUGUGCUCACGCUCUUCUCAAAAGCCUCGAUAGAAAUUACCAUGGAGCCUAUUUCCGUCACGGUGGACACGGGGAAUGGUACGCCGAUUUCCUUUCCAGUGGUCUUAAAGAAAAUAAUGGAAAUUCCCCCACCGAAUCUUCUCGAAGCCGAUGAUGAAAAUGACAAAGAUAAGCUAUUGGGAGAGGGUGUCGACUCUGAAGGGGUCAGUGGAAUGGGACCAUCAGCUGCCUUAACACCUGCCAUCUGGGAUAAGACCAUUCCCUAUGAUGGAGAAUCUUUCCACCUGGAAUACAUGGAUCUGGAAGAAUUUUUUAUGGAGAAUGGCAUUCCUGUAACAGGGGAUGAGGGUCAGCAAAAGAGUGUUGCAAAGGAAAACUCUACAGAAAAGCUAUCCACAACCCCUACAAUGAAGACUACCCCGGCAGCCCCGGUGUCUCUUAUGCCAGUCAUGGAACUGGAUCAAUGUGAGGAGGAAGUGGUGACGAUCACAACAUCGAGUUCUGGCUCAACAGACACUGAAUCAGACAAGGACCGUGUGACGCCAGUUCCCAUUAAUCCAGAUGAUAUUGAGGUAGAGGUCAACUUCCAGCCAGAUCCCACAGACCUCGUGCUCUCCAGUGUACCUGGAGGUGAACUGUUUAAUCCCCGUAAGCAUCGCUUUUCUGAGGAAGAACUGAAACCACAGCCUAUGAUCAAGAAAGCCAAGAAAAUAUUUGUUCCUGAUGAGCAGAAGGAUGAGAAAUACUGGCAUCGGAGGAAGAAGAAUAAUAUUGCAGCCAAACGUUCACGGGAGGCCAGGCGCCUGAAAGAAAACCAGAUCACAGUACGAGCAGCCUUUCUGGAGCGAGAGAACACCGCACUGAGGCUGGAAGUGGCCGAGCUGCGCAAGGAUUUUGGGCGCAGCAAGAAUGUUGUGGCCUGCUAUGAAGCCAAAUAUGGACCACUUGGAGCGGCUGAAGACCUCUAAACAAUUAUUGAUUUAUUUGCAUUGUUGAAAGGCAGUAAAUGAAUAAUAGUAUAGAAUAUGGAGGGCUAAAUAGUUAAGAUAUUUAAAAGAUGAUGAAGAGGAGAAGAUGGGAGAUAAGUGAAUGAAUGAUUCAAUCAGUAGAGCUAGGUUAUAUUUAUAUGCUUAUACUGAUGAAUCCUGUCAACCACUCGUAUCAUUUGAGCUUGCCUUCAGUGCAAUUGCAUACACAAUAUAUUUGAUUGAACUUAAAUGCUUUUUAGUAGGGCACCAGUUUUGAAAAUGUUUUUGGUAAAAGGUAGUUAUAGGGCAUAAUCUGCAUAGAAGUCACAGUUACCGUUUUUUUUUUUUAAAACAGGUAUGUGUAUAAAAAUGACUAGUACUGACUUCAAUACACUUCUAUGUUAAUGUUUUGUUUUGGGUUUUUUGUCCUUAAAUUUUCCGAAAUAUUGCAUUAAUUCUAAGAAUUCUUUUGGAACAUUUGGUACAAUGUACCACAUAGUGGUACAUUUUUUUUUUUUUUCUGCAACAGUAGUGAAAAUGUUGUCAUUCAAAAAUGGUGAGAAUGUAUCACAUUAUCAGUGGAGACGUCCUAAAUUGUAAACUAAAAUUUACCAUGUUUUUGUCUUUUUGUGCUGCAAUAAUUGUCUGUCAUCAAGUACUAGACUUCAACAGAAAAUGUAUUGAUGAUAUGUGCAUUAUAUUUCUGCAAAACUGUAUCGACAUUUAUAGUAUUUUAUAUUCUAUAGUCUGUUAGAUUAGUAGUAGUAGUGCAACAUCAGGGGUUGAUACUGUUUUCUCAUUUUUAAUUUUGCUAUCUGCUCCUCGAGCUCUUGGCAUUGCCUAAAAUCAUACAUCAUGUUUACUACACAAUGGUAGCACACAUUAUCCAUCAAGGUCCAGAAAUAAAACUCUGUACAUGUGACUGAUUUGCUCAGAACUGAGAAAACAAAUAAGAAAGGAGCUUUUUUUUUUUCUUCAUAUGCAUCAUAUAUAUAUUUUUGCUGCUAACUUCAAAUAUUUUACAAAAAUAAGUAUGGAUUCACAUGGGCAGUGUGAACCAGACAACUGCUAGCUCAGACAACAUGGAUCCGUAAGUGUCUUUAGCUCUUUUACUCGAACCUCUUGUAAAGCAAUCAACCAUGGCUUGCAAAUGUACUGUGCUGUUGGUCAUUUCUUGAGCUUCUUUUCUGAAGAUUGAGAAAGGUGAGAGGGGAAAGAUGAGAAAAUAUGAUCAAAUGGCACUUGAUGACUGUUUUGAAAUACAUUUAGUCACCGUGACAUACUGCUACUGUUUUGGUUGUCUUGUGUCCCCAGUAAGUAAAGCUUACUGACACAAAGUGUCUCUCCUGUUUAACUGGAAGAAGGCACAGUUGCAUAUAAGAUGCCAACGUUGUUGCAGUAACACAUUUCUGUUUCAUCCGAUUUUAAUGUUUUUCAAAUGUUAUUGUUCUUUAGGGAAGAAAGAAUUUUCUUUUUAUGUCCUAUUCGUUUGAUUUUGUGUUGCAUCUAUGACUUUGCUGUUUCAUGUUGUACAUAUAAAAAACUCAAAAUGUG